GAGGGGGCAGAGCUAAAAGGAAUGCGUCAAGCCCCUCUGAGCUAGGCGGGGCGAAACCUUAGCUCGCGAGAUUUGGCUGGUUCCGCAUUUCGGCUCUGCGAGGUGGGGGAGGCGGGCACAGCGGGCUCAGCGGUGUGUACGGCCUGGUGGCGUCUAGAUACCGGCUCGGAACAGCGGCGGUCGAGCUUCCGCUGUCAGCGAGCUGAGGACCGUCCGACCCCUCUCACCGGCUCCGAAUCCUGACUGGGGUGGGGGCCAGCGGCCCCUCCCCUGUCCUCUGAGGACCGAAGAUGAGCUUCCUCUUCAGCAGCCGCUCUUCUAAAACAUUCAAACCAAAGAAGAACAUCCCUGAAGGAUCUCAUCAGUAUGAACUCUUAAAACAUGCAGAAGCAACUCUAGGAAGUGGGAAUCUAAGACAAGCUGUUAUGUUGCCAGAAGGAGAGGACCUCAAUGAAUGGAUUGCUGUGAACACUGUGGAUUUCUUCAACCAGAUCAACAUGUUAUAUGGAACUAUUACAGAAUUCUGCACUGAAGCAAGCUGUCCAGUCAUGUCUGCAGGUCCAAGAUAUGAAUAUCACUGGGCAGAUGGUACUAAUAUUAAAAAGCCAAUCAAAUGCUCUGCUCCAAAAUACAUUGACUAUUUGAUGACUUGGGUUCAAGAUCAGCUUGAUGAUGAAACUCUUUUUCCUUCUAAGAUUGGUGUCCCAUUUCCCAAAAACUUUAUGUCUGUGGCAAAGACCAUUCUAAAGCGUCUGUUCAGGGUUUAUGCCCACAUUUAUCAUCAGCACUUUGAUUCUGUGAUGCAGCUGCAAGAGGAGGCUCACCUCAACACCUCCUUUAAGCACUUUAUUUUCUUUGUUCAGGAGUUUAAUCUGAUUGAUAGGCGUGAAUUGGCACCUCUUCAGGAAUUAAUUGAGAAACUUGGAUCGAAAGACAGAUAAAUGUUUCUUCUAGAACACAGUUAUCCUCUUGCUUCAUCUCUUGCUAGAGCUAUUUCAUUGCUAUCUGUUAUAGACUAGUGAUACAAACUUCACAAAACAAGAUAAAAACAUACAUUGUCUACUGAUAAAAUUGUCCCAAAGGUAGGUUGGACUAAUAGCUUCAAUGUGAGACCUUUAAAGCACAGCCAAAUUUGAUGUGUACUAUGUAAUCACUCCUGUUAUUGUCACAGAGACAUAUUUGGUUGUAAUAUAGGAUGACUAGUCUGUAGUUUGUUUACUUAUGAUUCUUUUCCUCAAGAAAAUGAUAGAGUCUUUUUCAGGUGAUGGCAUAGUGGACUUUAAGAAUUUCCACCAAUAAUUUAUAAGUAAGUUUCCAGGACACAUUUCCUAAUAACACAAUCAGAUUGAUUUUAUUAUUUUACAAAUAGAAAAGAUGUUUUCAAAUUAACCUUAAGAUUUAGAAUGUAUCACUUGGAAUAUACAUUUUAGUUUGAAGUUUGUAUGCUAGUGUUUUUAUGGAUAAUAUAUACAUAUAUUUUUUCAAAAUCCAUGAUUGUAGUUUAAAUCAUUAUAUGGCACAUGUGGAAUGGGAAUAACCAGAGUUAUUUUCAAAGUGACUUAUUUUUUAAUCUUUAUUUGGAAUUUUAUUCAUACCUAUCUAAAUUAUUAGGACUGUGUGUGUCUAUCAGAAGUAAUUUUUUUAUGGCUUGUAAGGAUGGUCUUACAGGUUUUUAUUUUGAAAGGCUUUAUUCAAAUUAAUUUAAUAUGUAGCUUUUGGCUGAGAAAAAGAAAACUUCCCCCCAAAUAUGACAAACUUAAGCCUCAAAGCCAUUAUUUUCCUUCAUAUUUUUUUUUUCCAAUGCCUUGAAAUUCUGGAUAAGAGAAUGGAACAAAGUACUUAGAGUACUUGAUUAUUUUGUUUGCUUUUAUUACAAAAUUACUCCUACAUUUUUAUUGUGACUUGAGCCUUAGCUAAUAGUGGAGAAAUGCAUGAACUAUCCCAACAAGGAUAAGACUUAAGGAGAACCACAAAUAAGGAACCUUGAAGGUGUACACAUUUUGUAACACAGCUAACAGUUUAGUGUGCUGCAUAUUCUUAGAGAGUGUGUGUGUGUUUAUAGGAGACAAAAUGGGAGGAAUAAAUUAAAAAAAAACCUUCCUUCAUUUUGUUAAUAUUCAAAGGAUGGAUUGAGCUCCCAUAGGGGCUUUAUCCAGUUUUAAUUGUUUUUGUAUCAAAAUUUGAAAUUCUUCUAUUUCUAAAGGGAUAAAAGAACCUUUCCCUUUAGUGAGGAAAACACAUUUAUUUUUCAUUUGGUUCCUUGGAUUUAGUAAACUGUAGCUGGCUAUUUAAAUAUACUAUGGCUCGGCUCAGCGCCUGUGGCUCAAGUGGCUAAGGCACCAGCCACA